AUGGCUUUCUUUUUUAAUCGAGGCCGGUCGCGGCAGCCGGCUGAUGUUGCCCGCUCUACCAAGGAAUUGCUCCUCAGGGUCCAGGAGACUCCUAACUUGCCCAAGGUUUGGUCCCCGACGCCAUCCGCAUAUCCAAUGCUGACGCAGUCCCAGGCCGAAGAAGACCUCGCAAAGCAACUAAGUCAGAUGAAAGUGAUUGUUCAAGGGACACAAGAGGUCAACACGUCACCGGACCAAGUUCACGCCCUUGUUCAAGCAACACUCCAAGAAGACCUCCUCUACGAUUUAUCACGAACAAUUCACUUGCUUCCAUUUGAAGCGAGGAAAGAUACACAGACAAUUUUCUCCCAUAUUCUCCGGUUCCGACCAAGCAAUUACGCGCCGGACAAAGACCCUCCUGUUAUUUCGUACAUUGUCCACCAUCGACCAGAGAUCCUUGUUGAGUUAUGCCGGGGGUACUCCGAGAGUCAGAGUGCCAUGCCUUGUGGUGUGAUUUUAAGGGAAGCGCUCAAGUUCGACGUGGUUGCCGCAGUGCUUCUGUAUGAUCAAUCCAAGGAAGGAGAGCCAGCCGUGCGACUGUCCGAUUUGAAGCCAAACCUGCCACAGAAAGGUGACGGAGUUUUUUGGAGCUUCUUCGAUUGGAUUGACAAAAGCAGUUUUGAAGUGAGCGCGGAUGCGUUUACUACUUUUCGAGAGAUUUUGACCCGGCAUAAAAACCUUGUGACCGCAUAUCUGGCCACCAACUAUGACCUGUUCUUUGGCCAGUUCAAUGACGUUCUUGUUCAGUCUGACUCUUACGUGACGAAGCGACAAAGCAUUAAGCUCCUUGGCGAAAUUUUGUUAGACCGUGCGAACUACAAUGUGAUGAUGGCCUACGUGGAGAGUGGGGAUAAUCUUAAGUUGUGUAUGAAGCUCCUGCGGGACGAUCGCAAGAUGGUCCAGUAUGAGGGGUUCCACGUUUUUAAAGUGUUUGUGGCCAAUCCGAACAAAUCAGUGGCCGUGCAACGGAUUUUGAUUAACAAUCGCGACCGAUUACUGCGAUUCCUGCCAAAGUUCCUGGAAGACCGCACUGAUGACGAUCAAUUCACCGACGAGAAGAGUUUCCUCGUGCGACAGAUUGAGCUAUUGCCCAAGGAGCCUGUCGAACGGAGCAAGCCUGCGCGAGAGACCCAUUCUGGAGUCAACGCCGCCGUGGCUUGA